AUGGUAUUUGCAGACACCAUUGUAAGACAAGGUUCAGUCCCUUUGGUCUCCAAAGCCACUCAUGUGAUCGUCCCUCUGGUGGAGGAGCCAGAGGACAACUGCUGGGAGGCUUUUGUGCUCAAACAGGAAGACAAAAGGAUGCUGCUCUCAGUAAAUACUCUGCCCACGGCGAACAUCGGUCGAUACCAGCUCAGCGUGCACACCGUGUGUCCGCACGGCCAAGCAGAGUUCAUGCAUGACCCAGCAAACGACGUCUACCUUCUCUUUAACCCCUGGUGUGAAGAGGACACGGUUUUUAUGGACUCUGAAGAUGAGAGACAGGAGUACGUGUUGAACGACGUUGGACUCAUUUACUACGGCACAGAGCAGCAGAUCGGAUACAGGACCUGGGACUAUGGACAGUUUGCAGAUGGGGUUUUGGUUGCAUGUCUCUACAUUCUGGAGAAGAGCGGGACUCCAGCGUCGGGGUGGGGAGACCCGAUUAAUGUGGUCAGGAUUGUUUCAGCCAUGGUGAACUCAGUGGAUGAUUUUGGAGUAAUCCAAGGAAAUUGGUCUGGGAACUAUGCAGGCGGCUCCGCUCCUACGAUCUGGACGGGAAGUGUGGAAAUCCUCCAGCAGUAUCACAGUAACAAUGGCACCCCUGUGCGUUACGGACAGUGCUGGGUCUUUGCCGGAGUGGUCACGACAGUUUUGAGGUGUUUAGGAAUUCCCUGUCGGACAGUGACCAACUAUAAGUCUGCCCAUGACACGGACGUCUCCUUGACAACAGACGUGUAUUUAGAUGAGAACCUGGACCCUCUGGACCUUCUCAACACAGACUCAGUGUGGAACUUCCAUGUGUGGAAUGACUGCUGGAUGGCGCGUUCCGACCUGCCUGAGGGCAUGGGGGGCUGGCAGGCUGUAGACGCCACGCCCCAGGAGACCAGCCAGGGCACUUUCCGCUGCGGCCCGGCCUCACUGACUGCUGUUCGACACGGCCAAGUCUACCUCAAGCACGACGCUGCCUUUGUCUUUGCCGAGGUCAACAGCGACAAAAUCUACUGGCAGAGGAAAAUAGAUGGGACAUUUUCCCAAAUCUACAGCGAGAAGAAGGCAGUCGGACACUGCAUCAGCACCAAAGCAGUGGGAUCAGACGAACGCAAUGACAUCACACACCUGUACAAACAUCCAGAAGAGAUGGGACCGAGAAAGGCCCUGUUCUGGCUGGGAUUCGAACCUAGGACCUUCUAG